CUGGGGCUGGGGGCGCGGGGCCCCCUCCGAGAGGGCGCCUGCACCCUCUGCGGCGAGAGGGGCGUUAAAGCAUGAAUGGAGAGCCGCGCCGGGGACGGCGGUUGCCGUGACUGACACCUUCGGGGUCGGUCCCCAGUGGGGGCGACUCCGCCGGCUUCUGGCUGCCUCUCGAGCUCCGAGUUCUUGGGGGAGGAGGCUUUCGGCGAGUACUGCUGCCACUUCCGAGGCACGAGACUCCAGUUGUUUGGCCAGAGUGGUUUUGGGCCGAGCACACGCUGCUCCGGAGGCGUUUGCGGCUGAGGCAGUGCUUUCCGAUUCUGAAUACGUUGGUCUGGAACCAGAAAGCAAUGCAGCAAGUGUUGGAUAACCUUACGGAGCUGCCCUCAUCUACAGGAGCAGAAGAAAUAGACCUAAUUUUCCUCAAGGGGAUAAUGGAGAAUCCUAUUGUAAAAUCACUCGCUAAGGCUCACGAGAGGCUAGAAGAUUCAAAACUAGAAGCUGUCAGUGAUAAUAACUUGGAAUUAGUCAACGAAAUUCUUGAAGAUAUCACUCCUCUAAUAAAUGUGGAUGAAAAUGUGGCAGAACUGGUUGGUAUACUCAAAGAGCCUCACUUCCAGUCACUCUUGGAGGCCCAUGAUAUUGUGGCAUCGAAGUGUUAUGAGUCACCUCCAUCAAGCCCAGAAAUGAAUAAUUCUUCUAUCAAUAAUCAGUUAUUACCAGUAGAUGCCAUUCGUAUUCUUGGUAUUCACAAAAGAGCUGGGGAACCACUGGGUGUAACAUUUAGGGUUGAAAAUAAUGAUCUGGUAAUUGCCCGAAUUCUUCAUGGAGGGAUGAUAGAUCGACAGGGUCUGCUUCAUGUGGGAGAUAUCAUUAAAGAAGUCAAUGGCCAUGAGGUUGGAAACAAUCCAAAGGAAUUACAAGAAUUACUGAAAAAUAUUAGUGGAAGUGUCACCCUGAAAAUUUUACCAAGCUAUAGAGAUACCAUUAUUCCUCAACAGCGUUGCGUCAGUAUGGAGAGGCGUCCAUCACACGUCCGUCAGGUAUUUGUGAAAUGUCAUUUUGAUUAUAAUCCAUACAAUGAUAACCUGAUACCCUGCAAAGAAGCAGGAUUGAAGUUUUCAAAAGGAGAAAUUCUUCAGAUUGUAAACAGAGAAGACCCAAACUGGUGGCAGGCUAGCCAUGUAAAAGAGGGAGGAAGCGCUGGUCUCAUUCCAAGCCAGUUCCUGGAAGAGAAGAGAAAGGCAUUUGUUAGAAGAGACUGGGACAAUUCAGGACCUUUUUGUGGAACCAUAAGUAGCAAAAAAAAGAAAAAGAUGAUGUAUCUCACAACCAGAAAUGCAGAAUUUGAUCGUCAUGAAAUCCAGAUAUAUGAGGAGGUAGCCAAAAUGCCUCCCUUCCAGAGAAAGACAUUAGUAUUGAUAGGAGCUCAAGGUGUGGGACGAAGAAGCUUGAAAAACAGGUUCAUAGUGUUGAAUCCCACUAGAUUUGGAACCACAGUGCCAUUUACUUCACGGAAACCAAGGGAAGAUGAAAAAGAUGGCCAGGCAUAUAAAUUUGUGUCACGAUCUGAGAUGGAAGCAGAUAUUAAAGCUGGAAAAUAUUUGGAACAUGGGGAAUAUGAAGGAAAUCUCUACGGAACCAAGAUUGACUCUAUUCUUGAAGUUGUCCAAACUGGACGAACUUGCAUUUUGGACGUCAACCCACAAGCUCUGAAAGUGCUGAGGACAUCCGAGUUCAUGCCCUAUGUUGUGUUUAUUGCUGCUCCUGAACUAGAGACGUUACGUGCCAUGCACAAGGCUGUAGUGGAUGCUGGUAUCACUACCAAGCUUCUGACGGACUCUGACUUGAAGAAAACAGUGGAUGAAAGUGCACGGAUUCAGAGAGCAUACAACCACUAUUUUGAUCUGAUCAUUGUAAAUGACAAUCUAGACAAAGCCUUUGAGAAACUACAAACUGCCAUAGAGAAACUGAGAAUGGAGCCACAGUGGGUCCCAAUCAGCUGGGUUUACUGAUGAUUCAGUAAGGUCCACAAUUAAAAUAAAACUUUCAAAAAGUGACUGCAACAAAUAAACCUUCUACUGAGAAAAUACAUGCACAGAUAGAAGAUAUCUGCCAAGUCCAGGCAUUUUUAUUGUGUAGAUUGAAGUACCAGUACACUAUUCUGGAUUUUUAUAGAAAAUGUGGUUGGGAAGGUGUACUAAUAUAUAAUUUAUCUUAAUUUUUCUAACUUUUUAUGGAUAAUCUUUCUAUUCAUAUCACAUAAAGAAAUGCGUUGAAGCAUUUUGUAUAUGUUUUGAUUUAGUACCCUUGCCUUUUUCAUCAAAGGAAUUUUCAAAUCAUUCACUCUAACAUUGGUCUCACAUUUUCACUGUGAUAAUGAAUACUUGAAAUAGUUUUGUAAAGCUGUCAUUUAGUUCAGUAUUUAGUGAAGGGUCAGCUACUCUUAUUAGAAAAUAAUGGUUUAUUGGCCUUCUUUCCUAAUAUGUAUAAUUUCUUACAGAAGCAGAAUUUUAAUGUCAGUGCUACAGCUAGUCUACUACCAUCCAAUACUGACAUCAGAAGUCUGCUCAAUGCUACAUAGUUUCAUUAUUACAGAGAUGUAUGGCUAUCCACUUUAAUUUACGCAGCUAUAUUAGUUUUUUCCCUUCAUUCUCUCUCUUGUGAAAAAAUGAAGAGCAAUACUUUGCACUCUCAUUUAUUGCAGUGACGGGCUGAUGCUUCGUUAACAUGUACACAGCAAGCAAGGCCGUGCCGGCUGAGAGAGUGCCUUAUCCUGCAAAACCUUACAGCAAAAUGACUCUGAAAGUUGAUUUAUUUGUACAUGUAAAAGUUUAACUGACAAAAAUGAACGUAUUGCUUUAUACAGUUUUUUUAUUAGGAUAUGGUCAGCAAAUGUAUCACGCCUCUGAAAAUUUCUGUGACGCUGAAAAAUGCCUCCAAGUUUGCAAUUGGGGGGUGUUGUGAACAAUCAGUGUGCUUUUGAAGUGUGAUGUGAUCAUUAGGGUAUUUUUUCGGUUUGUUAUGUUGUGAAGCAAAUCCAUUGAACAGUUUAUGAAAUUUGGAAAUAAUUGUCAGCUGUUU